CGCCACCUGACUGUUGCGGAAGCAGGUACCGAAAGCUUUUUGCGGCAUGGUGGACAUUUUCCGGCCACGGCUGACUACAGGUGCGAGGACUCCGAGGGACCGCUACCCGCGUGGGGAAGCUACUGGGGCGCCGCGCCCGUAAUGAGCUGCCCGUUAGCGUUUGGAGAGAUCCAGCCUCCUCGUCUCCCGGGACUUUUCGAACGCUGCUGUGCCCAGAGUUCCAGAACCCACGGCUUUCAUGCGUGGGCGUUCUAGAACUCCGGCCCGCGGACGUUCGGAGAUGCCAGUAAGGCGAGCGGUCUUGUUGCCGCUGCUCGUGACCGGGGCCUUCCUCGCCGCGCUGCUGGAGCCGAGCCGGUGCCAGGAGCCUCAAACUCCGGAUUGGAAGAUGACAUUGAAGACUAUCAGAAACGGUGUUCAUAAGAUCGACACGUACAUAAAUGCCGCUCUGGAUCUUCUGGGAGGAGAAGAUGGACUCUGUCACUAUAAAUGCAGCGAUGGUAAUAAUCAUACUAUAUUAGAAGAAAUGUAUGUAUGUUCGACUAUUUGUUAUAAAGCGUGUUUAAUGAAGUUAUUUUUUUUUCUGUUCAAAGGUAUGUUAAGAGAAUGUCAUGAAAAAUCAUACAAUAUAGCUAUUGUUAUAGCUUAUCAUGAUCUUAAGCAUAUUCAGUUCAUGUUAUUGUGUGAAAAUGUGAAGGAUUAUAUUGCAGAGGAGAUUUCUGCUCUGCAAAACGGAUUAGAAAAUUUGGAAAUGGAUCUUUUCUUUAUUGUACUAUUAAAGAUAUUUCCCUGUCUUGCAGCUUGUGAAUCUACAGUACAACUAGUGUUUGAUACAGUCAUACAUCUCGGAUGCAAGCCAUAUCUUGACAGUCAGAGAGCUGCAUGUGUAUGCCAGUAUGAAGUCAACAGAGACCUGUAACAAGAUUUUUCUGAAGGAUAGAGCCCUUUGUUGUUACAAAGCUGUCCUAAGGAUACAGUGAGCAUGCAAAUGGACUCACCAGAAGACAUGAAUAUGUAUAUUUUUAUGUAGCACUUGUUUCGUCAACUAUGUAUGCAUUCUUAAACUAUAAGGAUCUAGGGCACCUCUUAGAGAUGAAAAGGAUAUUUUAGCAAGUGCCUUAAGUAGAUAGUAUUGUCAAUGAAUGCUACUCUAAACUGAAGGAAGUGAAUCAUGAAGUAGGUCAAUCCUUGGGGUCACAAUGAAUCAAUAUCUCUUUUGGUUGAUUUGUCUUAUAGAAGAAAAGUACCCAAAAAGGCAAAAACCAAAUAUUUGAAAGACUUUUUAAAAAAUGACUGACAACAUUCAGUUAUUUGUAUUUUGAUAUUGUGUGAUGUAUAUAAUAUUUGUCCCUACCACAAAAUAACUGUUUUACAGCUAUCCAAGGGUAUUGUAAUUCUGUGAAAACAAUAUAUAGUUUAUAAACUAUUUAAAAAAUGUCCAUUGAAGAGAAAUAUCCUAUCAUGAAUUGAAAAACCAGAAAAUGUUUGAUACAAAGAUAUUUGUCCUUUAUUGUGUAUGCUGUUUAAAUAUUACAUCCCUUUUAUUCUAGAAUAUCUCAAAAAUUAAUUUUAAGACUAAUUUAUCAUUCUUUCUCAUGGUUAUGAAUCACUUUAACUAUGCAAGGAUUCUUUAUGGGUUGUCAUAAUCUCAUUGUUUUUUUUACAUCAAAGUUUUAUAUAAUUCUCAGUGUUUCCAUAAAUAAUCUCUACUGAAGCAAAUUCUGCCUCAAUAUAAAAAUUGCUGAAUUCAUAUUACUUGAAAAGUGGUAUUUGAUGCAAUUUCAUCUAGUGCCUUUAUUAAUGAACUGGACAUUUAAAAAGUAAAUAGGUAUGAAAUAAAAUUAUCUGUUUAGAAAGGGAAAAAUUAAACAUUAAUUUAAAUUGAAUAUAUGUCAUGUAUUUUUUUCAACAACAAAAUUUAAGAAAACAACAACUAGAAGAAGAACUUGCAGGAUUCACUUGAUAAGCUUUUAUUUUAUUAUCUUCCACCAUUUUGUAUUUGUUUGCAUCCAGUUUCCUGAUAACUACAUAAGAUUUUAUGAGAUAACUACCUAAGUUUGAAAAUUCCUUUGUACUGUGCUAGAAAUCCAGCCUACUAUUACUUUAUCUCACGGGUAUUUAUAUACAAGAAGAAAGGAGGAUUGGAAGUUGUUCUCCAUUGAUUAGGCACAUUGCAAGUUUGCUUACAUUAUAUACCGUAUAUUGCUUAUGUUAUAUACCAGUAGAGCCAUUAAAGCAUGUAACUCAGGGUUCUAUGAAUCUGAAGCUAUGGCUUGCUUAUGUAAAGUAAGUUACUCCGGUAAAACAAUAUAAGAUGACAGCGUAUAAUAUUGAAAAUCUAACGUUGAUCUUAAGUGAACAUUCUGGCGACUAUAAACUAUGACCUACUCAGAAAGUAGCUUGAUGGAAGGAGCCAAUGUCUCUAUGGUACAGUCAUGCGAUCUCGAUGCUCUGAGACUACAGCCGAUACUUUUGCCACUGGGGGGGUCCAAUCGGACCUAAACCGUCCCAAAGAGA